UUUGUAUGUAUGAACUAGCGAGAGAACGUAGAGGACGUUAUAUGCUUGUGUUGAGCAAAAUACAGAGCUUGCAUCCAUGGCCAGCCUCGAUCCCACGGGUGUGCUGGGAGCGCUUGUUUCUGAAGCUGUCAGAGAAGUGAUUGGGCUUGCCAAGUCUGCCAUUCAUUGCAAGAAGAAGUGCAGGGAGUUGGAAGAUUCAUUGACCAAAGCAUCAGAUCUGCUAGGUGAAAUGAAUUCUGCUGCCGAGGGCUCUCUGAGCUCCUCACAACUGGAUUCCUGGCUGAAAGCCCUCCAAGCCAAGGUUGAAGAGGCUAAACCUCUUGUUCUUGAAUGUCAGUCUCUGCAAAAUCCCAUUCUAGAUGGCCGAAAGAGGAUACAGCUUGCUACCAAGAUCGAACACUGUUCCAAGGCGAUCCAUGGGCACUUGGCUGCAGCUUCUCUACAUCUUGGCGUUGAGAUUCUGAAGAACAUUGAUACAUUGAAGAAGCACAAUGAGGUCCCGUCUAAUGUCGUUCCAAAGGAAGAACAGCAUGUUGUUCCUCUGGAUAAGCACAUUUUCGGUAUGGAAGAGACGCUGGAGCGGGUUGUAUCAGACUUGCUGGAGUCCCCUAUAAGCAGGAAGUGGGUUGGAGUCCAUGGAGCAGGAGGUGCUGGAAAAACACUCCUGGCCAAACGAGUAUGUGACAACGAUCAAGUCAAGGGGCGUUUCGAUCCAGUUUUGUGGCUAACAUUCGGUCAGUCGGUUCAGGUGGAAGCAAAGCAAGACGAACUUGCCAAAAAAAUCCAACUAGAAGGCGAUAAGAUCAGCAAUGAAGCACUGAGGAGGGGGCUUGUUGGGAAGAGAUGCUUGCUAGUGUUGGAUGAUGUCUGGAAGUUCAACGAUGUGAAUCUCUUUGAUGUGGUGCAAGAGAAUGGAAGCAAGAUCUUCAUUACCACUCGAAAACAUGAUGUGCUUGACAGUAGAGGUGCAAUCAAAACCGAGAUGGGGCUCUUGGGAAAGGAAGACAGCAUGAAGUUGUUCGCAGUCCACGCAUUCCCAAACCAAAAUCACGCUCAAGUCAGCAAGGCAGUGGUGGAGCAAGUUGUGGAAAAGUGUGGGGGGCUUCCACUGGUCUUGGAGGUAAUUGGCAGGAGAAUGGCAGCCACACAAGAUUGGGACUACGUUCUGAGCAAACUCAAGGAUCAGCAAGUUAUUGCUCUUGAUGAGGAAGAACAGGUACUGCAGCGACUCAAGCUGGGUUACGAUGCAUUAUUGCCUCUUCGCAUCCAGCAGCACUUUCUCUUCUUUGCUGCAUUUCCAGAAGACUGGCCGAUUCGAUUUUGGGAGCUGUUCAGGUGUUGGAAAGGGGAAGGGCUGGUUGCCAACACAGCAGAGGCCAAGAAUGUUUUAGAAAGGCUCAAGAAUCACGCACUUAUCACUGAAGAAGGAAAAGACCGGCCAGGGGAGAAUAAGAGGUACAGGAUUCACAAUGCGAAAGCAGAAAGCUAUUUGGGAAAUAGGAGGUACAGGAUUCACGAUGCGUUGCUGGCUCUUGCUUUGCACAUCCUGGAACAAGAAGGCCCCAAGUGUUAUUUCAAGGCUGGGCAGUCGCAGAUGAGGGAUGUGGGGGACGCCUUCACGAGUAACUACAGCAGGAUUUCACUGUUUGAGUGUGGAAUUUCGGAAAUCCCUCUGCCUAAGAAGAACAGGGUCAAAGUUUCCAGCACCACUUGCCUGCUCUUGGAUUAUAAUCUCGAUCUCACUGCAUUGCCAAGCCUCUCUCUUUUCAAAGGCUUGAAGGUUUUGUGCCUGAGUCACACUGAGGUGGUAAGUCUGCCACAUAGCAUUGGACAGCUCAAGACUCUGGAGACUCUGGAUUUGUCUUGGAAUGCUUCACUCAAAAGCAUCCCAGAUUCACUGGGCAACUUGGCGAAUUUAUCAUAUUUGAAUUUGCAAGACUGUCCGAAACUCAAGUCUUUCCCUGUGGAUGCUUUGCUCAAACUCACCAAGCUGGUCUACUUAAACGGAGGUGCAUGUUUUACAAUGUGGACAUGCCACAGGCUGCAUCAUCGGUUUUUGAAACAUCUGAAAUGCGUAAACAGAAGGCUUGGAAGGGAUGGGAUGUUUCAAGCAUUGACAGAGUUGGAGGUGUUGAUUAUCAAAGCACAUUUGGGUAUUGGCGUGCCCACCAUUUCUCAACUGGCAUCACUCAAGGUCCUCAACAUCGACACCUGUCCCUCCUUGAAGGACCUCUCCAUCUCGUUCCUUCCAAAGCUAGAGACAUUUACUCUAGGUUUCUGCGACGAAGUGACCACCAUCAACAUAUCCGAGUGCCCAUCACUGAGAGUUGUUCAUAUCGAGUACAUUCACAGGCUUGCCCGUGUUGCAUUCGGUGGCAAGUUCCCACGACUUGAAGAAAUAAUCCUUGAAGGACUUCAACAGCUGUCAGAUGUCUCUUUAGGUGCCGUGGAUGCCUUCCCACAGCUGAUGCAGCUGCAAAUACAAGGCUGUUGUAUUGACCAAUUACCAGAAUGGUUCGCUUCACUCACAACAUUGAGAACUCUGAGAUUAAUUUUUUUGGGGAAGUUGGAUGUGAUACCCGAUGGUGUUGCAAGGCUUCCUCUGCUAAGAAGGCUUGAUCUGCAAGGUUGCGAGAAGAUCCGCGUGUUACCCUUUGCAGAUUCUGAGGACAGCUCCUUCUAUCCAUCCCUGAAGUACUUACGCUUAUGCAACACAUCCGUCUCUCGAAAGCACCUCUCGCAACGCCUUCGAAAAAUUGCAGAGUUACGUUUUUUAGAAGAUGAGGACCUCUGCAAUAACCAAAUCUCAAAUUAACGAAGCUUUGGAACAACAUUGUGCAAACCUGCGAAGGGUAACAAUCUGCAAAGAGUCCAUCUUUCAUGAUCAGUGUCAUGUUGGCAGUACUCCAGUUCAACCUGGAAAACGAACACACAGAAUCAUAGUAAACCUCGUUUUACCUCGAGCAAACAAACCAGCACCCCAUCUUAAGAGUGCUCCACCGGGAAAGAAGAGCAUCUCGCCCGCGAUCUGACGAAGCCGAGCGUGGUAUUCCCCGAGGAAUCCACCGCUGCGCGGCCUGGCGGCUGCUGCUGGUGGAUGCUGUUGGCGAUAUCCACGCAGGUGUUCCAGAUCCGGUACCUCAGCUUCCACAUUUGCAGCCGCUGCUCCUCGGAGAGCUCGGAUUUGAGGCCAAGCACGCAUUCUUGGAGCUCGGAGAAGUCUGCUCGAUGUCGCAAACGAGGCGCUCGAUUCUCCGCAGCGGAUUCACAUUAGCCUCAUCGCCGAUCCCUGGAUCACCAAGUACCUCCGAGAUGAGCAUCGUGAGACGCUCGUCCUCCCGCGCCAUAAACCCUAACCUUUUCCUCUUUGUUAACCGAUCGGUGCGCCAGCAAUGGAGGCGCGGAAGGUAUGGAAUCUCUCGUAGUUGCCGCUUCACAGCGUUAGCUUCCAGUCUUAGCACUGUUGAGCUUGAGCAAGAUUUUCCGCGAGAGCUCGAGAGGACGGAUCCAGAGAGCUCCCUCGGCGUCAUGUCGACGACGAAAUUCCCAAAUCGUCUUCGCCAACGAUACGCUACCUUCUCAAGAGGAGUGGGUAUCGACAUGCUCUUUUCAGUGGCAUCGUCACACUCAUCAUGGGAGGGUUGGUUUUUUCCUUCAUUUGAUCUUUUUUCUUCGGGUUGCAGAGCGGUCCUUCUCAAAUGCAUUCACUGCCACAGGAAUUGUCUGCGGCUUCCUGAUAAUGCUCGUUGUGGCCUCGGCAGAUACUUACACUUGUGAUCAGCUUCUCAGACAAGCUUAUUCUCGAUUAUGAGUCUCUUGCUUUCCACAUUGGUGGGAAGUGGUGGAAGCUUGCUACCGAAAUUAGCAUAGUGGUUCUGCCCAUUGGGACCAUUAUAGGCAGCAUUCAGGAAGUCAGUGAAGCUGCUGUCAUCGGCAUUGAAAACAUCACUUCCAAUGUUAACAGGUAUAAUUUUCCAAACAGGUGGUGCUUCGUGCUUUUGUUAUUGCCGUUGCGUUGCAGCCCUAACCACACUGUAAAACGUCAACAAAUGUAAGCAACAGUUACAUUUCCUUGCUGACAUUGUUUUCUAUUUUCUUUACUCUCGAGCUCUCGGAAUCACUGGAAUCCAUUCUUGAUGGCUAGAGUCAUGUUGAUACUGUAACGGGGCUCUGUGUCUGAUGCCAUCUCGAACUUAAACUCUGGCAACAGAGCAGCUACCAGAGACUUCAUUUGCAGCGUAGCCAUAGACAGGCUGUCUGCCAAACCAGCCGAGAGGGCCGAGACGUCGUCAAAGUCGUCCGCGAAAGACAUAUCGCCGCGCUCGAGAAGCCCGUCACCGGCCCGUCCCGUGACGCCUCCCAGGGCCUCGCCUCCCAGGCUCGUCGACGAGCUCAAGCUCCAGCUAGAAAAGGGGGAGAUGCUCAAGAGAACCAUCCCGGCAAAUGCUGGAUCAGCAGCAGCAGCAGCACCGAGGCAGUGGAUUGGUGUGUAGAGGCGGUGGAGAUGAUUCGCAGUGCCAAGUUUUAAAGGUUUUGGACUGUGGAAGGCAGCAGCAGCAAGCUAAGAACAGGCCAAACUCACAGACACACACACACACACACAGACACUCUCCUCUUUACCAAGUGAGAAAACAAAGAGAGUAUAGCUUAUAUGUGAUACUUAUAACUCUUCCAAAAUUUCUCUCUCUUUCUAUAGUUUUUUUCUCAUCUGGAGAGCAUUUUCGCUUGAUGGAAAGUUGAUCACAAACAAUGCCCUCGGAAAGAUUGUGGAGGGUUGUUUUGUAUAGAACAGACAAAAGCAAAGAAAAAUACUGUGAUUAAAACUCU